CGACGGGAAAACUCGGCAAAAUUCGCGAUUAAUUGAUGCGCGGUGCUCUCGCGUGCGGGAGGGGAGGGGACGGGGGAUUGAUUGACUGUGUCAUUCUAACUGAAGUUCGUCGUAGUCGGUCAAGCAUGAGAAAAUUGACGGCAUAGCAGAAGAUCUCUUGCAGUCGAAGGAAGAAUGGAAGCUGCUGCUUCGCUUUUCCUCCGUUUUGCAUGCGCUCCACCCAAACCCUAAUUACAUCGAGGUGUCCAUGGAAGCUAGACCAGGCGUGAGCUGGGUUGUACAGAUUUCGCCGAUUAGGUGUGUGAUGAAUGCAUCAGUGUAGGCGAGGUUAGGACGAAGAAGAGGCGAGGGGCUUCGGCUACAGCAACCAUGGGCGUACCAGCGGAAGGGAAGAUUGUGAAGCAGGUGGAGCUUUACAAGCGGAGAUCGUCGAUGUGGCGAUUGGAUGUGUGGCCGUUUCUGGGAUUGUAUGGGUUUUGGGCUGUUGGGAUCGCGACUCGCCUCGAUUCCACUGAUGCUGGGAUCGUGCUGGCCGGUACCGUUGUUUUGCACAUUCUGGCGUUCCUGUUCUCGGUUUGGUCUGUAGAUUUUCGCUGCUUCUCACAGGCUAGUAAGGUGACAGACAUUCAUCAGGCAGAUUUUUGCAAGGUUAUCCCAGCAAAGUUUUCGGGUUCAAAGGAAGUCGUGCCCUUGCAGUUGAGGAAAUUGGUUGCUGGUGAGAAACGUUCUGGAGGUCGAAAUUAUGGCGUUGCCUCCAACCUCCCAGCCGAUUCUGAGGAAAUUGGAUUUGACUUUAGGAAACAACACUUUAUUUACUCUAAAGAGCUUAAAAAGUUCUGCAAGCUGGAUUAUCCAACGAAAGAUACGUUUCGAACGUACAUGAAAAACACGGGUUAUGGUAGUGAAGCAAAAGCACUGGCUGCCACGGAGAAGUGGGGUAAAAACAUGUUUGAAUUUCCACAGCCAACUUUUCAAAAGUUAAUGAAGGAGCACUGCAUGGAGCCAUUUUUUGUCUUCCAGGUAUUUUGUGUCGGUCUAUGGUGCCUUGAUGAUUACUGGUAUUACAGCCUUUUCACUCUCUUCAUGCUUGUUCUCUUCGAGUCUACCGUCGUCAAGAGCAGGAUUCGAACCCUGAGUGAGCUGCGAAGAGUUCGAGUCGAUACUCAGAUACUAAUGGUCCAUCGUGGUGGAAAGUGGGUUAAGUUAUCAGGAGUGGAUCUUAUUCCUGGAGAUGUGGUUUCAAUUGGUCGACCCGUUGGGGUUGGCAGCGAGGAGCGAACAGUGCCUGCUGACAUGCUACUAAUUGCUGGUAGUGUAAUUGCGAAUGAAGCUCUACUGACUGGAGAGUCUACUCCACAAUGGAAAGGUUCCAUUAGUAGUCGGGAGCCAGAUGAAAGGUUGUCAAUACGACGGGAUAAAAACCAUGUUCUUUUUGGGGGUACGAAGAUAUUACAACACUCACCAGACAAGUCAGGUACUCUGAAGGCGCCGGAUGGAGGUUGUAUCGCGAUUGUAUUAAGAACAGGAUUUGAGACCAGUCAAGGGAAACUUAUGCGUACUAUUCUUUUCUCUACAGAGCGGGUGUCUGCAAAUAACUGGGAAAGUGGAGUUUUCAUCCUCUUUCUGGUGUUUUUCGCUUUGGUUGCCGCCGGUUAUGUGUUGAAAAAGGGGUUGGAGGAUCCAACCAGGAGUAAGUAUAAGCUGUUGCUUAAUUGCUCUCUCAUUAUCACUUCAGUGAUUCCUCCAGAAUUACCCAUGGAGCUUUCCAUAGCUGUCAACACUUCUCUCAUUGCGCUAGCUCGCAAAGGCAUAUAUUGCACUGAGCCAUUCCGUAUCCCAUUUGGUGGCAAGGUGGACGUAUGCUGCUUCGACAAAACUGGUACAUUGACCAGCGAUGAUAUGGAAUUCCGAGGAGUAGUCAGCGCAGAUGGGAACCAAAAUUUGGAGACUCAGCCUAGCAAGUUAUCAGCUAUAACGAUGCAAAUUCUAGCUGCGUGCCAUGCUCUGGUAUUUGUAGACGGCAAGACGGUUGGUGAUCCAUUAGAGAAGGCAGCACUGAAAGGCAUCGACUGGAUUUACACCGCUGAAGAGAGGGCUAUUACUCGCAAGGGAACAGGACAGCCAGUCCAAAUUAUCCAGCGGCAUCAUUUUGCGUCGCAUCUGAAACGCAUGGCCGUUGUUGCAAGGAUUGAGGAAAAAUUUGUAGCUCUCGUUAAGGGUGCUCCAGAAACAAUACAGGAGAGGUUGACCAAUGUCCCUAAUGACUAUGUGGAAACAUACAAGCAAUAUACUCGUCAAGGGUCUCGUGUGCUUGCUCUGGCAUACAAAUCUCUACCGGAGAUGGCAGUUGGUGAGGCUCGGGGUUUGGAUCGCGAAAGUGUGGAGAAUGAUUUGACGUUCGCGGGGUUUGCGGUAUUUGCAUGUCCGUUACGUCAUGAUUCUGCUGAAGUACUCAUGGAGCUCAAGAAUUCUUCUCAUAUUUUGGUGAUGAUUACUGGCGAUCAGGCGCUAACUGCUUGCCAUGUGGCAUCUCACGUCAAUAUUGUCACAAGACCUGUAUUGGUUUUGACUCAACGAUCUGAUGAUUCCGUAGGACAGUUUGAUUGGAUUUCACCGGAUGAGACACAUAAGCUAGCAUACAACGAAGAUGAGGUGUUCGAUUUGGCAGAGGUCUAUGAUUUAUGCAUUGCGGGCGACGGUCUUGGCAUGCUACAGCGGACCAAUGCUUUGCAGCUAGUUGUUCCUCUCGUUCAGGUGUUCGCAAGGGUUGCUCCUGAUCAGAAGGAGCUUAUAUUAACCACACUGAAGGCUGUGGGCCGCACAACUCUCAUGUGUGGUGAUGGGACCAAUGACGUUGGAGCACUUAAGCAGGCUCAUGUCGGAGUCGCACUUCUGAAUGCCAUCCCUCCCGCUAAAGCCUCGACUACCUCGGCAACUGGUCCUCUAGCAGAUUCAUCGAGCGCAGGAUCCGAUUCAGUUGUCAACGCCAAACCAAAGCGGAAGAGUGGGGUUGCAGGUUCACAAGGGCUUUCAGGUGCUGUCACCCCAGGCCAAUCUGGAUCAUCUUCAAUAGUUAAUCGAACGAACAAAGUAUCCCUCCCUGCAUCGGAGCAGCUGUCACCAAGUGGUCGACAACUUACCCCUGUUGAGGUCAAGAGAAAAGAGUUGAAGAGGCUAAUUGAUGAGAUGAAUGAGGAGGGCGAUGGAAGGGCUCCAGUGGUCAAACUCGGAGAUGCAUCUAUGGCAGCUCCCUUCACCGCAAAGCACUCUUCUGUUCGGCCUACAACGGACAUUAUACGCCAAGGCCGUAGCACAUUAGUAACAACCUUGCAGAUGUUCAAAAUUUUGGGUUUGAAUUGCUUGGCAACGGCAUACGUCCUGAGUGUGAUGUACCUGGAUGGAGUGAAGCUUGGUGACAUGCAGGCAACGAUUAGCGGUCUUUUCACUGCAUCCUUCUUUCUCUUUAUUUCCCAUGCUCGGCCUCUCGACACUUUGUCGGCCCAACGGCCGUAUCCGAACAUAUUCAGCCCUUACGUCAUUCUAUCGCUUCUCGGACAAUUCUCAAUCCAUAUCACAUUUCUUAUAUGGGCUGUGAACGGCGCACAGGCAUUUAUGCCGGAGGAAUGUGUGGAACCUGAGUCAGAGUUCUCUCCGAAUCUCGUCAACACUGUCUCGUACAUGUCCAACAUGAUGAUUCAGGUGGCCACUUUUGCCGUCAAUUAUAUUGGUCAUCCUUUCAACCAAAGUAUUCGAGAAAACAAGCCGUUCUAUUACGCUUUGACUUCGGCAGCAAUUUUCUUCACUGCGGUUACAUCCGAUGCCCUCCGCAGUCUGAAUGAUUGGCUAAGGUUGGUGCCUUUACCGAAGCCAUUUGGUCAUCAACUGCUUUUUAUGGCUUUUGGAAUGAUGGUCAGUUGCUACACGUGGGAGCAUUUGUUGCGACGGUUGUUCCCUGCAAAGAUGCCUUUAGCUCGGCCUCGUCAGACCCAGAAGGCUUCAGGUGCUAAAAAGGUCCAGUAGAUAGCUACAUGUUUUAACGGAUCAUGAGGCAAUUAAGAGAUUAGAUUUUCACUUACAUUAUUUGCAGUAGUUGUCAUUGUUUCUGCACUUCGCCAUACACUUUCCUCAGUGUUUUUGUCAAAGUGAUACCUAGUGAAUCAUAUUGGAAUUUUUGUCACAAGUGACGACUUCUUGCCCUUUCA